AUAAAAUGGCAGAAAUCAGAGUCUAUGCACACACACAGUUGAUCGUAAUUGUUAAAUGUGUGUAAUCAGUGUUAAGAUCAAGUGCCAGAGCUGAAUCAAUAAAUAAAAUGAAAAUUAAACAUGUGAACAAAGUAUUUAAAUGUUAACCUCAAUCAAGAUUUAAAAAAUAGUCUCCCCGUGUCGAGUGACAGCUUACGUAACAAUAAUUAUUUUCGCAAUGAUAAGAGACGCGGGACUUUUGUGUUUCUGCGUGUCUGCUAGUUGGCAACUUAAAUAAUAAUAAUAAUUAUUAUUGUUAUUAUUACAAUAAGAAAAUUCGGAGAAAAGUAAAAUAAGUGUUUAUUCCAAGAAUCAGAAAGCACAGAAUCAGUGACCCGGUUGUAUUACAAAUCAAAUGUUGAAGCCGAGUCUUAUUUACGUUUAAUAUAAAAUUCAAAUUAUUUAUAUCAUAAUUUAAAUUAAAGUCUUUGUAAUUUAUUCUGGCGGCUAUUAAAACACGCAAGAUUUUUUUAGUCCGUCUGAAGGAAUAAUUGACCAGAGCUCCAAUCGAUCCACCUAGUCUUGCUGUAGACGAGCUAUGACAGCAGUCGUCAUGGAAAACGUUAAUUGGAAUCCUGCACUAUCAACACUUCUCAACUCACUUGAGGAAAACAAGACCGAAAUACCCAGUUGUACUGACGAAGAGUUCGGGUUCCUCAGUGAAUUACUGCGAUCAAAGGAACUAAAUGCCCUCGUAAACGUCCACAAAAAAAUCCAAUCAAAUGUCGAGGACGAUAAAUUUUUUCCCGUGUUGUCAAACUCAAUGGACAUCGACGUCGAGAUUCUAGAUAUGCUCGCGUCGAAGACACACGGCUCGGAACUUUGUCGCGAGCUGUUUCAUUUGCUCCAGAAACCUCACAUUCAGGGUCUGCUGUGUACACAUGACGCAGUUGCUCAAAAGGAUUACUACCCCCGGCUGUCGGAAAUUCCCCUAGAAGUCGACGAGGACGAAGAGACAGUCAAGAUCGUCCAGCUGGUCAAGUCAGACGAGCCACUGGGCGGUGACGGCGUUGAACCGAUCGUGGGAGCGACGAUAAAGACCUGCGAGAUAACAGGGAAGAUUGUGAUAGCGCGGAUAAUGCACGGCGGCGCUGCUGAUAGGUCUGGAUUGAUUCACGUCGGAGAUGAAGUAUGCGAAGUAAAUAAUAUCAGUGUUGAAGGUAAGACACCGAAUGACGUGCUCAAGAUUCUUCAGAACUCCGAGGGGACUAUUACGUUUAAAAUAAUUCCCGCUGACAGCAAAGGAGGCAUCAGAGAGAGCAAAGUACGAGUAAGAGCUCAUUUUUCAUACAAAGCAGCAGAUGAUCCUUACAUACCGUGCAAGGAAGCCGGCUUGGACUUCAACAAAGGCGAUGUCCUGCACAUAGUCAGUCAGGACGACGCUUACUGGUGGCAAGCCCGUCGUGAAGGUGACAGAAAUAUGCGGGCUGGAUUAAUUCCCAGCCGCGCGCUUCAGGAGCGACGUAUAAUCCUAGAGCGACAGCAGAAGGAUAAGACUGAUGAUGAAGAAGAUGACUUGAGCUUGUGUUCUGUUCCAGUGCCUUUGCCUACAUUGUGCCCCCGUCCCAGUACCUCUUCAUUACACGCUUCGCCUACAAAGUGCAAUUUACAAGGAAUAAAAACUAAAAAAAUAAUGUAUGACGCUGCAGAGAACGAUGACUUUGAUCGCGAAGAGAUACCGACUUACGAAGAAGUUGCUAAGUUGUAUCCAAGACCUGGACUCUAUCGCCCGGUGGUGCUUAUCGGACCCCCUGGAGUCGGUAGAAAUGAAUUGAAGCGACGGCUCAUGGCCACUGAUCCAGAUAAAUACAAGACUCCAGUUCCAUACACAUCAAGACCACCAAGACCUGGAGAAGUCGACGGCAAAGAGUACUACUUUGUAACCCGGGAACAAAUGGAACAAGACAUCGAGUCGGGAAAGUUUAUCGAGUACGGAGAAUACAAAGGAAAUCUUUACGGCACAAAUGGCGAGAGUGUCAGCUCGCUGAUAAACGCCGGGUUCGUCUGUCUCCUCAGUCCUCAUUACCAGGCACUGAAGAUGCUCCGCACCCCGCAGUCGAAGCCCUACGUCAUCUACAUAAAGCCCCCGCGGUUUGAAAUUUUAAAGGAGACGAGAAAUGAAGCCCGCGCUCGGUCGACUUUCGACGAAUUAAACUCCCGCGGGUUCACCGACGACGAAUUCAAUGAAAUAAUUCACAGCGCAGCACGCAUCGAGUUUCUCUACUCGCAUCUCUUCGACGAGGUGAUUGUCAACGGGGAUCUGGCAAUCGCAUUCGAGCAGCUCGUCACCGCAAUCCACAGGGUCGAGUCUGAGCCGCUCUGGGUACCGGCUUCCUGGGUCCAGUAAAUUUAAAUUUAAAUUUAAAUUUAAAUUGUUAAAGAAGCCGAUUCCGCGGGCAUUUUCCACUAGUUUAGUUUGUUAACAAGUGAAUCACCACCUCCGUCAUCAACACUUGAGUACCUUCGUCAUAAUCUUCCAUUACUUGCUCAUCAUCAAGUCUAAUAAAAGUAUAAAUAAUAAUAAUAAUAAUAAAUAAUAAUAAUACCGCUAGCAUUAUGAUAAAGAUUUAAUAAAAUAUAAAGUUUUGUCAUUAUCCCCAGGAUAAUUCCUCACUGCCAGGAGAAUAAUAUCUCUAAUUAAAUCUUGUGGUGAUCACGAUUAUUAUUCACAUGUUAAUUAAUUAAUAAUUAUAUUAAUUCAACUAUAAAUUAACUGUAAAAAAAAACAAUUGUAUAGAAAUUUAAAUAAUAAUGAUAAUGAUAAUAAUUAAUUCCUUAUUCAUUAAUAAUUAUUAAUUAUGGUAAUUAAAUUUGAGAGAUAAAUAAGCGGUAAUUGUUGUUAAUUGUUGCCAAAUAAUUAUUAUAAAUAAAUAAAUAAAUGAAUUGACGAUACAAUUGAUAAAUAUAAUUAAAUAUAUUAAUAAAUUGUUCAAUUAUAUUUUCCACUCGGCUAUUUUCCACAAUUAAAUUUAUUUAAACUAGAAAUUAAAAUAAAAACGCUGAUAGUUAAUUGUAAUUAUCAUUAAUCAGAGAUUUAAAUUAAUUGUCGUUGGUUAGAUUACUCCGAUGUAUCUUGUCGUUAAUAAAAAAAAUCAUUUUAAAA